AGUCGAUUGUGCGCCACAAUUCAAUGCACAACGCAUUAACUGUGAUAUUGUUCCGCAUCACGAAAACCUUCAAAGCGCGCACAUGCACACAAAACUCAGUCGGUUUUUUCUCGGUUACUUAUAGCACGCAUGUCAGACAAUUAGGCACGUUGAAUCCCGCGAUGGCCAAACAAAUUUUCAAGGGUCACAGCGAUCAUUAUAAUGGUCUUACGAUUGACUCGGUCGAGGAAGCUUGUGACAAUAAAGUAUUUACACAGCGUCUCAAAGAUUCUUUAGAGCAAUGGACAAAAGACAGAAAACGUGCUGUAUGGUUUCGCGUGCACAUACCACACAGUGAUUGGGUGCCGCUUUUGACAAAACAGGGAUUUAGAUUUCAUCAUGCGAAAGAAGAAUACGUUAUGCUAUAUCGUUGGUUGCCGAUAGAUGAAGAAUCUAACGUUCCAAACUACGCACAUACAUUCUUAGGUGUCGGUGCAUUUGUGUUCAAUGAGGAUACCGAUGAAAUUCUCGUUGUCAAAGAGAAGUAUGCUCAUAAGAAAGCAAAUUUCUGGAAGCUACCAGGUGGCUAUGUGGAACCAGGAGAAAAUAUUGAGACAGCAGCUAAAAGAGAACUUUUAGAGGAAACGGGAAUUCAGGCGGACUUCAAAUGUCUGAUAUCGUUUAGACAUGGACACGAUUUUUUCUUUGGGUGUUCGGACAUAUACAUGAUCGCAUAUUUGACACCUCGGAAUUUGGAUAUUGAAGAAUGUAAACGAGAGAUUUCGGAGUGCAGAUGGAUGAAGUUGAGCGAAUUUCAACAACAUCCAGAAGUACACACGAAUAACAAAACACUGGCAACGAAAACGAUCAAUUUUCUGCGACAUCGAAUGGGUAUGGUUGCAAAUUACGGAGUGCAUCCAAUUACCAAAAAGCAGAUAUGUGUUUACAGCGUGGAGGACACAAACGCCGAAACUACAUCUGUAGACUAAAUUAUUUUAAUAACAAGAAAAAAUAUAUAUUGUACAUAUAGGAGUAUUAGAGAAUAUUAAGAGUACAAAACAAUUUUAUAUGCACAAGCUAUAUAUUCUCUCUUGUUGUGUUAUUGUUAUAUAAAUAAAAAUAUUAAUAAAAAUAAAGACAAAUAAUACGAAGUUAAAUACUGAUUUUGAAUUGUUACUAAAUAACAUUGUGUAAACUAAAAACCUUUUUUACUAAUAAAGCAACAACUAAAUUAAAUAUUAAUUACACAUAAAACGAUAUAUCAAUUAACUUCAAUUAUACUUAUUUUAUGUUGUUUUACAUUCCCAUUAUCACAAAGAAGAGAGUAUCUUAUGUUGCAUCCCUUGAUUGUUCUUGUGAGUAUCGUUUGAGCAAACUCUUAUUAUGCUGUCUCUCAAACCUUAAUUUUAUCACAUUCAGAUCUUUUUUUUUUUUUUUUUAUAUAUUGUAUGAAACAUCUCUACAUGUCACAGCAUACAAUUAUUUGAUAUACUAUUCGAUUUCUCGUUUUACUUUGAUAUAUAUUAUAGACAUGUAUAUAUAUAUAACGAAAAAUAUAGAAAUCAUUAUAUAUAUAUAAUGUAUUAAUUCUCAGAUCUUCUCAUUUCUCAAAACACAAAAAUAUACGUAUGUACGUGGACAUGUACAUACGUGUGUGUGAUUGUAUGUAAUAUAUAUGUACAU